ACGAUUCUCCACCUCUAUCAACUAGUAUGGUGUGAUUUGUUUACACCGGUGAAGUUAAUGAGAAAUAUAAUAAACAAUGUCGUCGACGGAUACUAUUCCUGUAAACACAUUUAGAAAUUAUUUAAAUAUUCUAAAUGAUUCCUCUGCAAAAGAGGAAAUCAAGUUAAAAGCUACACAAGAGCUUAGUGAACACUUCGAAAUGAUAAUGCAAAGCCCGGCUUACCCUUCAUUCUUAGAAAAUGCCUUGAAAAUAUUCAUGCGAAUUUUGCAAGAGGGCGAGCCCCAGUUCAUUCAAGAAAACACAAUGCAACACAUUCGAAAACUUAUUUUGGAGAUGAUUCACAGAUUGCCGAUAACAGAGAGCUUGAGGCAACACGUCAAAGCCAUUAUUACAAUGAUGCUUAAAAUAUUAAGAACUGAUAAUGAAGAAAAUGUUCUUGUUAGUCUUCGGAUUAUAAUUGAGCUGCAUAAACACUUUCGCCCAUCGUUUAAUCCUGAAAUUCAACUAUUUUUAGGAUUUGUUAAGGAUAUUUACACAACUUUGCCAAACCAUCUCACAUCUAUUUUUGAAACAUCGAGUGAAAUUUGGAUAAACGAUUUAAAAGAUUUAAACAUUGAAGUGCUUUUGUCUGAAGCGUAUUCUGUAAAAACUAUACAUGUCGAAAAACCCUUGGAAAGCAACACUCAGCAGAUCUAUAACCUUCUUCCUCGUGGCAUAUUAUCACUAAAAGUGUUGCAGGAGCUGCCAAUAAUUGUUGUUUUGAUGUACCAAAUAUAUAAGAAUGCAGUACAUCAAGAGGUAUCCGAAUUUAUCCCUUUAAUAUUGACAACUAUUAAUUUGCAACCAACUAUCACACAAAGAAAUUCAACGCAAAAAGAAAUUUUUGUUGAUUUCAUGGGUGCACAAAUAAAAACAUUGUCAUUUUUGGCAUACAUUGUGCGAAUAUUUCAGGAAGUGGUAAUUGCUAACUCACUACUUGUUACCAGUGGUAUGCUGAAUCUGAUGGGAAAUUGUCCUAAAGAAGCUGCCCAUCUCAGGAAAGAACUUUUGAUUGCAGCGCGACAUAUAUUUGCUACGGACUUACGUCAAAAAUUUAUUCCAUCAAUCGAAAAACUUUUUGAUGAAAACUUGCUUAUUGGGAAAGGCGUUACAUUGGACUCGAUUCGCCCUCUAGCAUACUCAACAUUAGCUGAUCUCGCUCAUCAUGUACGACAAAGCCUAAGCUUGGAUGUAUUAAUAAAAGCCGUUAAUCUGUUUUCAAAAAAUGUUCAUGAUGAAAGUCUUGCUGUAGGAAUACAAACUAUGUCUUGCAAGCUUUUAUUAAACCUUGUUGAUUGCUUGCGGCAUCACAGUGAACUAGAGCCUCAACGAUCCAGACUUAUUUUAUCAAAACUGUUAAAAGUGUUUGUAAAAAAAUUUGAGACUAUUGCCAAAAUUCAACUGCCGUUAAUUAUUCAAAAGUGCAAAGGACAAGUAAUCUCCGGACCAUCGGCAAAUACAACGGGCAGUGUUCCUCUAUUACUCUGCAAUGUAUCUGAUUUAAAAGAUGAUCAAAUGUCAAGUGACCAAGGAAAAGGAUCUGCUACUGGGACACAGUGGGUUUAUUCGGUUAAUGUUGCAGAAUUCCGAAGUUUGGUAAAAACUCUAGUUGGUGGAGUCAAGACCAUUACAUGGGGAUUUUUUAAUUCAAAAUUUCAGAUAUCUGACACAUGCAAUGUUAACCACGAAAAGCUUUUUGGCCCGGAAAUUUUAUGUUCUUAUAUCGAAUUGGUAUAUUAUGCUAUGGAAGCCUUGGAUAUUUAUACUAUAAACGUUAAUCCAACCCAACAACGAACAUCUGGAUUGAUAUCAAGAAGUAAAGAGGAAAAAGAAGUAUUAGAGCAUUUUAGUGGAAUUUUUCUAAUGAUGCAUUCUCAAAACUUCCAAGAAAUUUUUUCGACCACAAUUAAUUUUUUGGUUGAAAGGAUCUAUAAAAAUCAAUCCUUACAAGUGAUAGCUAAUUCGUUUUUAGCUAAUCCAACAACAUCACCUCUUUUUGCAACAGUGUUGGUGGAAUAUCUACUAGAAAAAAUGGAAGAAAUGGGAUCAAACUUGGAGCGUUCUAAUUUGUACCUACGAUUAUUUAAGCUAGUUUUUGGAAGUGUCAGUCUCUUCCCCGUUGAAAAUGAACAAAUGUUGCGACCGCAUCUUCACAAAAUAGUCGUUCGUUCUAUGGAACUAGCCUUGAUUUCUGAUGAGCCGUAUAACUACUUCUUACUUCUUCGGGCAUUAUUUAGGUCAAUUGGAGGAGGCAGUCACGACCUGCUUUAUCAAGAGUUUCUGCCUCUUUUACCAAAUCUUUUAGAAGGUCUUAAUCGUUUACAGAGUGGAUUUCAUAAACAACAUAUGCGAGAUCUUUUUGUAGAACUAUGUCUUACUGUCCCAGUUCGUUUAUCAUCUUUAUUACCCUAUCUGCCAAUGUUAAUGGAUCCCUUAGUUUCUGCAUUGAACGGAUCUCCCACCUUAAUUAGUCAGGGUUUACGAACAUUGGAACUUUGCGUUGACAAUUUACAACCCGACUUUUUAUAUGAUCACAUACAACCGGUGAGAGCAGCUUUAAUGCAAGCUCUUUGGAAAACGUUGAGAAGUCAGGAUAAUGCUGCUUUGGUAGCAUUUCGCGUUCUCGGAAAGUUCGGAGGUGGAAAUAGGAAAAUGAUGGUGGAACCACAAACUUUAUGUUACAAUAAAAAUGAGAAGCCAACAAUUUCUAUUAUAACAUACUUUCAAGAAUACGAAACUGCAGUUGAUUUUCCUGUCGACGAAGCUAUUGAAGCCGCUUUUAGAGCAUUGGGAUCGAACUCGACUGAUCAAUUUUACAGACGACAAAGUUGGGAAGUAAUUCGAUGUUUUUUAGCUGCUUUUAUAUGUUUGGACGACGAGAAACAUACACUACUUAAACUCUUUACUCAUGUCGAUUUUGUUGAAAAUAACAUAAUGAGUUGGUCUAUAUUUCAACAUAAAAUAGAUAACGCCUAUAUACGAGGCACUCACCAGACAGCCUUAGUUGGAAUGCUGGUAGCUUCAGCGACGAAAGAUUUACGAGAUUCUGUCUGUCCAGUUAUGGCUGCGGUUGUAAGACAUUAUACGAUGGUAGCUAUAGCACAACAGGCGGGACCAUUUCCCCAAAAACGACACCACGCUUCGACUGGAAUAGACCCAAUGGUGUUAAUUGAUGCUUUGGCCUCAUGCAUGGGACAUGAAGAAAAGGAAUUGUGCAAACCUGGAAUAGCAUGCAUGGGUAUUAUUCUUGACACUGCUACAAAUAUUAUGGGUAAUAAAGAACGCGCUUGUAGAUUACCCAUAAUCCAGUAUUUGGCAGAAAAAAUGAUAUCUCUAUGUUAUGAUCGCCCUUGGUACUCAAAAGUCGGCGGGUGCCAAGCUAUUCAGUUUCUAUGCAAGCAUAUGUCUCUACGUGCUCUGUUUCAAAAUCUUUUUAAUUUCUUAAAAGCAUUUAUGUUUGUAUUAAUGGAUUUAGAAGGAGAUGUCUCCAAUGGUGCGAUAGAAAUAACAAAGAACUAUAUGAAGACCAUGUUGGAAAUUUGCUUAAGCCCCAUAAAUGGAAGCUACAAAAACGAUGAUCUUGUAGAUUUACAAGCUAAGGCUACAUAUGAAGUAAUUCAUGAACUUGUGAGACAUAUAACAAGCCCCAACGCAAUUGUAAGAGAAGAAUCAAUGACAUUAUUAAAACACAUUGGCACGAUUCAAUCAAAAACUGUUUCUGAAGUUAUGGAUCCGCAUAAGGAUGUUCUCGCUGACAUAAUACCCCCAAAAAAACAUUUGCUAAGACACCAACCAGCAAAUGCACAAAUCGGUUUAAUGGAUGGAAACACAUUUUGCACAACUUUAGAACCACGGCUAUUUACAAUUGAUUUGACAAAUACAUACCACAAGCUAUUUUUCCACGAGUUACUUACCUUAAGUGAAGCCGAGGAUACGACAUUGGCCAAGCUGGAUUGUUAUAAAAACGUAACGAAUCUUAUACCCCUCAGGACUAGUGCUUUGAGAGCCUUAGCAGCUUGUCACUAUAUAAACGAUAUGGGUUAUAAAGAAAAAAUCAUUAAUAUACUUUUUAAAGUAAUGGAAAAUGAUAAAACAGAACUUCAAGAAACUGCAUAUGUAUGCAUGAAACAUUUUAUAACUGGAGUUACACUUGAAAAAGAUAAAGUGCAAUCUGCCAUGCGUCCACUUCUGUUAAAAUUGGGCGAUCACAGGAAUUUAUCUAUUCCGGCUAUUAAACGAUUAUCAUAUUUUACACAGUUAUUUCCCCAAAUGUUCAAUGAAAAGCUAAGUGAACAGAUAUUGCAGCAUUGCUCAAAAAUAAUUGAAAUAUUUGUUGGAGACUAUAAGUGUGCAAAUUCAAAUAUAAAUUUUUUUGCGUCAUCAAAAGGUGGAGAGUAUGAACAGAAAAUUGUUACUCUUAUUGAAAUGUUUUAUCAUAUUUCUGCAUCAGUAAAGUAUAUAGAAAAGUUGUGUCACCUAGUAUUAAAAACUGAAAAGAACUUAUUAAUUGAGGCAUCUAGCCCGUAUCGGGAGGCACUUCUUAAGUUCCUUCAACGAUUUCCAGUUGAAACUGUGGAUUUAUUUUUAACGGAAACUUUUAUGAUAGAUGCUCAAUGGAAUCGAUUUUUUAUAUAUAUAUUGAAGCAUAAAAUCGGAUCCUCUUUUCGAAAAAUUAUUCAAAAAAAUAAAUACACCAAAUUAUUGACUUACAUAAACUGUAACACCGAACUUAAUCAAGCCCAUAUAUACGAAGCUCAGCAUCAGGCCGUUCUGGUCAUUUUUACAUUAAUGGAAUCAGAUGACCAGUGGAUUCCGACACGGCCAGACAUUAUAGAUGUCCUUAAAAGUUGCUGGAAAAGUAACUUGUUCUUGACAUGCGAUGAAAAUGUAGCUUGUGAUUUGUGGCAUUUAAUUGGAAGAAUACUUCUUCUGUAUUUUUCACAUAAUACAAAUGAUAUUGAUUUACUUUUUCAAUUAUUAAGAGCAUUAUGUUUUCGGUUUAUACCUGACGUCUACUUCUUACGAGACUUUUUACAAAACACAGUGGCACAAAGCUUUACCGUUACUUGGAAACGAAAUGCGUUUUUUUACUUUGUUGAAAAUUUUAAUAAUAACACAAUUUCCGAAGAGUUAAAGGCCAAAAUUAUAACAGCUGUUAUAAUUCCAUGUUUUACUGUAAGCUUUGAUAAAGGCGAAGGAAAUAAACUUAUUGGCGCUCCCCCAACACCGUAUCAAGAAGAUGAAAAGAAUAUUGUAUCCGUUUUUAUAAAUAAAGUUUUUGACCCCGAUAAACAAUAUGAUGACGCGGUGAGAAUUGCUUUGUUACAACUAGCAUGUUUAUUGGUUGAACGCGCAUCUCAGCACAUACACGAUGGUGAUGCUAAUAAUAAGCGACAAGGUAAUAAACUAAGGCGUCUAAUGACGUUUGCUUGGCCUUGUUUACUGAGUAAAAAUUCGGUGGACCCCACUGCCAGAUAUCACGGUCACUUAUUGCUUGCCCAUAUCAUUGCCAGAUUAGCAAUUCACAAGAAAAUAGUGCUGCAAGUAUUUCAUUCUUUGCUAAAAGGGCAUGCUCUAGAAGCCAGGUCUAUAGUAAAGCAAGCGCUGGACGUGCUAACACCAGCUAUGCCAUUACGAAUGGAAGACGGGAACACAAUGCUGACUCACUGGACAAAAAAAAUUAUUGUGGAAGAAGGUCACGCUAUGCAGCAGUUGUUUCAUAUUUUACAACUUAUAAUUCGUCAUUAUAAAGUCUACUUUCCUGUUAGACAUCAACUUGUGCAACAUUUAAUUAACUAUAUGCAGCGCCUGGGAUUUCCUCCAACUGCAUCUAUUGAACAUAAAAAACUAGCUGUCGACUUGGCAGAAGUUAUUAUUAAAUGGGAGCUACAUCGUAUUAAACAAGAUGAGCGAGAUAACAAAGUUGAAGGAUCUGAAGAUGAAUUAUUGCGGGAAGCCUCAACCAAACGUCCUGGAGCCGACUUAUUAGAUCAGAGAAAAAAGUCAUCGGACAUUACAGGACAAGGUUCAUAUAGCAAAAGUGACGAAGUUCUACGAUCUAUAGAUAAAUCGUACUGCGAUACAGUACUUAAUUUUUUGGUUCGUUUGGCGUGCCAAGUUAAUGAUCCGCAAGCUGGAAUAAUUUCCCCUGGAGAAAGUUUAUCUCGAAGGUGUGUUAUGCUUUUAAAAAUGGCUAUGCGUCCAGAGAUUUGGCCUCAGCCGUUUGAUAUUAAACUCAACUGGCUGGAUAAAGUUCUUGCCACCGUGGAAACUCCACAUCACAAUUUAAAUAACAUAUGUACUGGAAUCGACUUUUUAACAUUUUUAACUACAAUUUUAAGCCCUGAACAGUUGGUGAUGAUUGUACGACCAGUUCAACGCGGCCUGUCCCUAUGUAUUAUACAUCAAAAUACCCGGAUUGUGCGACUGAUGCAUAUAUUUCUAACAAGACUUAUGGCCAUUUUUCCGCCAGACACACAGCAUAAACAUGACGAUCUCGAUUUAUUAUAUAGUGCUAUAAGUAAAAUGGUAACAGAUAACCUUACAUUUUAUGAAAAAAGUCCGCAGCCAAAUGCGUCGUCGCUGUUUGGAACAUUAAUGAUUUUAAAAGCGUGCACGACAAAUAAUCACAUUUACAUUGAUCGUAUCUUAGUCCAAUUUAUAAGAGUUUUAAAUCGUCUAACAAAGGAUCAUAUUAAUACACAAAGUGGUACUAAUGUAAACACGCAACCUUCUGAUUCUAAUUCACUAGCAUUAGAACUUUUAGUGCUUUCAUUGGAACUAAUCAAGAAUAGAAUAUUUGUAAUGAGUGUGGAAAUCAGAAAACUUUUCAUUGGAACCAUAUUGGUAAGUCUAAUAGAAAAAAGCUCCGAAAUAAAAGUUAUAAAAUGUAUAAUUAAAAUGCUGGAUGAUUGGAUUAAAACAAAAGAUUCAAACAUUAUGACUCAAGUUCCAUCUAUUCGUGAAAAAUCCGCCUUGUUGGUAAAGUUGAUGCAAAAUGUAGAAAGAAAAUUUGCUGAUGAAAUGGAGCUUAAUGUACAAUUUUUGGAAAUAAUAAAUUAUAUAUAUAGGGACGAAGUCCUUAAACAAACUGAGUUGACAAGUAAACUAGAAGGAGCUUUUUUAAAUGGUUUGCGUUUUCAAAAUCCUCAUAUUCGUGGAAAAUUUUUUGAAAUUCUAGACGCAUCAAUGCGCCGUAGACUUCAUGAUAGAUUGUUAUACAUCAUAUGCUCUCAAGCGUGGGAUACUAUUGGUGCUCAUUAUUGGAUAAAACAAUGCAUAGAAUUGCUUAUUUUAACAGCUAAUACAAUGACUCAAAUACAAUGCUCUAAUGAAGCUUUUAAAAUUCCAAGUAUAACAUCAGUUAUUCCAGCAAACUCAACCGAAAAUCAAGAAAGCUCAUUUGUAUCAUUUUUAUCUGCUCAUUCCGAAUCUUUUGAGAUGGUUCAAACCGUGAAUGAUAAAGAUGACGUGUUCGAUAUAGACUUAAAGCUUGAAUUUACUGCGGAUCGUAAAGAUGAUUGUCAACAAAUAUUACCAACUCGUCGUGAUACGUUAUUGGACCUUGUAUAUAAACAAGCUGAGUUUUUAGAGGCAAAUAGAAAUAUAAGGACCGAUCAGAUGCUUGUCGCCACUUCUCAGUUAUGUCACAUUGAUACCCAACUAGCUGAAAGUGUAUGGCUGUCUAUUUUUCCUCGAAUUUGGAGUAUAUUUUCCGAAGAUCAAAGGUAUAAUAUAACUAAAGAAUUAAUACCAUUUUUAUCGUCUGGAACUAAUGUGAACCAAAAGGAUUGCUUUCCAAGUACUCUAAAUACAUUUGUGGAAAGUUUGACUAAAUGCUCCCCACCUAUUUAUAUACCUCCCAAUUUAUUAGCAUACCUAGGGAAAUCUCAUAACCUAUGGCACAGAGCUAUACUUGUCUUAGAAGAUAUGACAGUGAAUCAAUCCAUUAAAAUGAAGGAUAAUAUCGAUGACCUAGAAAUAAACUUGUCGGAAUCUAAUGUACAGCAAACUAAUAAUAUCUUUGACUCACUUUCAAAAAUGUAUUCCUCCAUGCAUGAGGAAGAUUUGUGGGCUGGUCUUUGGCUUAAAUUUGCACACUAUCCGGAAACAAAUGUGGCUGUUUCAUAUGAACAAAUGGGAUUUUUUGAAGAGGCGCAAGGUGCCUAUGACAUCGCUAUGACUAAAUUUAAGCAAGAUUUAAAUAAUGGUAUCGUUAAUACAUAUGUCAAUAGCGAAUUAUUGCUUUGGGAAAAACAUUGGAUGCGUUGUGCUAAGGAACUGAAUCAAUGGGAUAUUCUGCUGGACUACGCUCAAUCUAAUCGAGAAAAAAAUAUGUUUCUAAUACUUGAAAGUUCAUGGCGCGUUCCAGAUUGGAACUUAAUGAAAACCGCAUUAGCUAAAACUGAACAAUGUUACUCAAAACAUCAUGGUUUUAAGGUAAACCUUUAUAAAGGCUACUUGUGUAUUCUUCAUCAAGACGAAAGGCAAACUAGCAGUAUUGAACGAUAUGUAGAGAUUGCCUCUAGCUUAUGCAUUCGAGAAUGGCGACGUUUACCGAAUAUAGUUUCACACAUUCAUUUACCAUACCUACAAGCUUCUCAACAAAUUAUGGAACUCCAUGAAGCAAGUCAAAUACAUCAGGGACUCACUCAAUCUCGAAAUAAUUCAUUGCAUGACAUGAAGGCCAUAGUAAAAACCUGGCGUAAUCGACUACCAAUUAUCUCAGACGACUUAUCACAUUGGAGUGAUAUAUUUACUUGGCGACAACACCACUACCAAAUAAUAACUCAACACCUGGAGCAGCAAUCUGAUCAAGGAAGUACAAUGUUAGGCGUUCAUGCAUCCGCGCAAGCCAUAAUUUCUUUCGGAAAAAUUGCCAGAAAACACAAUUUGACUGGUGUUUGUCAGGAAACAUUAUCAAGAAUAUAUACAAUUCCUUCUGUUCCAAUAGUGGAUUGUUUCCAGAAAAUUCGACAACAAGUAAAGUGUUAUCUUCAAAUGCCAUCAACGUCCGGACGAAAUGAAAUUAAUGAAGCUUUGGAAGUUAUUGAGUCUACAAAUUUAAAAUACUUCACUGGUGAAAUGAAUGCCGAAUUUUAUGCUCUUAAAGGGCUUUUGUUAGCCCAAAUUGGACGAACAGAAGAAGCAGGAAAAUCAUUCAGUGCUGCUGCUCAGCUUCAUGAUGGUCUUACAAAAGCCUGGGCGAUGUGGGGAGAUUAUAUGGAACAAAUGUUUUUAAGAGAUAAACAAAUUGCAUUAGCUGCCAAUGCACUAAUUUGUUAUUUGCAUGCAUGUCGUAAUCAAAACGAAAGUAAGACUAGAAAAUAUAUUGCGAAGGUGUUGUGGUUUAUGUCUUAUGAUAACCAAUCAAACACUCUCAUAUCAACUUUGGAAAAAUAUGUGUCUGGCAUUCCACCCUCCUACUGGCUACCCUGGGUACCGCAACUAUUGUGUUGUUUGGAACAAUUUGACGGUGAUGUUAUAUUAAAUCUCUUAAGUCAAAUUGGACGCCUAUAUCCACAAGCGGUAUAUUUUCCAAUCCGGACUUUAUAUUUAACUUUAAAAAUUGAACAACGAGAAAAGCAUAAAACUGCUGAACAAGCUGGCUAUGCUGGAAAACUUUCAUGUACGAAUUUCGAUGUUAUUGGCUCAAAUUGUGGAAGGGUUAAUCAAGGAAAUAUUCCGUCAGUUAAUCCUAUUAAAGCAACACCUCCCAUGUGGCGAUGCUCUAAAGUUAUGCAAUUACAAAGAGAAGUGCAUCCUACAAUUCUAAGUUCUUUGGAAGGAAUUGUAGACCAAAUGGUUUGGUUUCGGGAGAGCUGGACCGAGGAAGUACUUCGACAACUGCGACAAGGUUUGAUAAAAUGCUAUGCCAUAGCAUUUGAGAACAGAAACACUGUUGCUCAUGCCACUAUUACUCCCCACACUUUGCACUUUGUCAAAAAGCUUGGUUCAACAUUUGGAAUUGGAAUAGAAAAUGUCCCAGGAUCUGUAACCUCUUCCGUUUCUAAUUCAGCCGCCUCAGAAUCCCUUGCUCGUCGUGCACAAGUAACGUUUCAGGAUCCAGUAUUCCAGAAAAUGAAAGAACAAUUCACUAAUGAUUUUGAUUUUACAAAGCCAGGUGCCAUGAAAUUGCACAAUUUAAUAUCGAAAUUAAAAACAUGGAUUAAAGUCCUCGAAACUAAGGUUAAAAAAUUACCAACCUCAUUUUUAAUAGAGGACAAGUGUAGAUUUCUAUCAAACUUUAGUCAAAAAACAGCGGAAGUUGAAUUACCCGGAGAAUUAUUAAUACCUUCAUCAUCGCACUAUUAUGUUAGGAUUGCCAGAUUUAUGCCACGUGUGGAAAUUGUACAAAAAAACAAUACUGCUGCGCGAAGAUUAUAUAUAAGAGGAACCAAUGGAAAAAUCUAUCCUUACCUAGUAGUGCUUGAUUCAGGUCUGGGGGAUGCACGCCGAGAAGAACGAGUAUUGCAAUUGAAACGCAUGUUGAACUACUACUUGGAGAAGCAAAAAGAGACAAGUAGACGUUUUUUAAAUAUUACAGUACCCCGCGUUGUGCCAAUAUCUCCCCAAAUGCGAUUAGCUGAAGAUAAUCCAAAUAGUAUCUCAUUACUGAAAAUAUUUAAAAAAUGUUGCAAUGAAAUACAAAAAGACUACGAUAUGCCAAUUGUAAAAUAUUACGAAAGUCUUUCUGAGGUCCAAGCAAGAGGAACUCAAACUACGCACACAAUUUUGAGAGAAAUUUUUUCCGAAAUUCAAUUAUCUUUGGUUCCGACGACGUUUCUUAAACGUUGGUCUUUAAAAACCUUCUUGGCAGCAACAGACUUUUGGCAUUUCAGAAAAAUGCUUACCCUCCAGCUGGCAUUAGCAUAUCUAUGUGAACACGCUUUGAAUUUAACACGUCUGAAUCCAGAUAUGAUGUAUCUUCACCAAGACUCCGGACUUAUGAAUAUUUCAUAUUUUAAGUUCGAUUUAAAUGAUGAUAAGUGUCAGCUGAUUCAACAUAGAUCUGUACCAUUUCGUUUAACUCCUAACAUAAGUGAAUUUAUUACAAGCAUAGGCAUUAUCGGACCUUUGUCAGCGGCAAUUGUAGCUACUGCUCGAUGUUUCAUUCAACCAAAUUAUAAGCUAUGUUCAAUACUGCAGACAAUAUUAAGAGAUGAAAUAAUUGGUUUGCAAAAAAAAGGAUUUAGAGAAUGCAAAUUAACAGAAGGUGUUGAUGGGCGUUAUAUAGAAGGAAACUCUAUGGAGCAUACAGUUAAUGUUGUUAAUUCAGCGGUAGAAAUUAUUAUGUCGCGUUUUAACAAAAUUUCCUAUUUUGAUAGCAUUGAAACUAAAAAGAUUUCUGUUCUUAUACAAUCUGCAACAAAUACUGAUAAUCUGUGUCGUAUGGACCCUGCCUGGCAUCCUUGGCUAUAAAAUCAGUGAGUCUGUUAUAAAGUAAUUGUCUUUAUUUAUUAAAUUUAACUACAAUUUCAAAUAAGUUUUGCUGUAACCCAAAUAAAAGAAUACUUAAUAAAAUA